CUUGUCUUUAUAACUCUGGGAUCGCUUCAUGCGUUCAUAUGUUGGCUCGAGUCUAAGCAAACUGAGUGAAAUGGAUCGAAAAGAUUUUUCUUUAUUAAUAAUUCUUAUAGUUCUGGCCAGCGGCACGGACAGUAUGACAAGGCAACAAUUAAAAAAUUCAUCUAAAAUGUUGAAAAAAAAUUGUAUGGGCAAGAACGAUGUCACAGAAGAUUUGGUGGGAGAUAUUGAAAAAGGAAAAUUUAUCCAGGACAAAAAUGUCAUGUGCUAUAUUGCAUGUAUUUAUCAAAUGUCGCAAAUUGUAAAAAAUAACAAGUUAAACUACGAAGCCUCAAUAAAACAAGUAGACAUUAUGUUUCCCGUCGACAUGAAGGACGCCAUGAAAUCUUCCAUUGAAAAAUGUAAAGAUAUAUCUAAAAAAUACAAAGAUAUAUGUGAAGCGUCAUACUGGACAGCAAAAUGUAUAUACGAAGAUAAUCCAAAGAACUUUGUAUUUCCGUAAUAAUAUUCAAAUUAAACUAAUUGUUACUAAUAUUUUAUGAACUACAAUAUGUAAUAAUUAUAAAUUAUACUUACUUUGU